AUGUCAUAAUUAGUUAAUCAGCUUAUUUGUUUUCCUUCAGAACUCAUUUUUAAUGCAAAGAAUGAAUUUUAAUAACAGGCUAUAUACUAUGAGAAAUUUAAUGAGCUUUACAAUUUAUAUGUGGAGAAAAAGCUAUAACUUCAUAGUUUACAUAUAAACAUUAAUAUCUAUUAGUCAGAUACUUGCUUUUUGAUAGAAAAUUAAUAAGGUAUUGGAUUAGAAGAUUCUCUUUUGAGGUUAAAAGCUAAACCAAAGUAAUUAAAGAAAAAACUAAAAACCAUUGGUCAAUUUUUUUAUGCCGAUGGAGUUUUUGAACAAGACAAAAAUAUUAUGAUAGCUGCGUUAAAGCUUAAAAGGGCAUCAUUAAAAGAACCCAGUUUAAAGAAAUAUAGUCAUUUGAAAGGUUUUACUUUUGUGCACAUCUUUGAGAAGCAAACCAGAAAAAAUAGGAGAUUUAACUUAAAUGAGCUCGUCAAUAAAUAUAAUAACUCUAGUGAUAAUAUGAAUCAAUAGGAUCAAUAAUCAAAUCAAAAUAUAAUUUAAGAAAAGAAAGAAUUCAUAAAUUAAGAAGCUUAGAUAGAUAUAAGUGAUUAUAUUAGCUGCUUAGAUGAUUUUAAAAAAUAAAUAUAAAAAAAUGAUUUAGAAAUGUAAGAGUAACAAAUAAAAUUUGAAGCACUCAUUAAACUAAUAAAGUGA